CAAUCCUUUGUGGUAUUCCAAAACUCGUCAAGUGAAAUAGCUGACACAUUGUGGAGCACUUUCAUAUUCGGGCGGUCGAACAAUUCAUUGGUACGUCUGCUACGUAGAAAGCUUCUAUCCCUCGUGUUGAUGCUCCGAGACAUUGUCUCCCGUAUAGAUAGUGGAGAUAAUACUCGUGGAGGCUUCGCUGAAGCACUUGGUGUGGAUGAAUUUUCAUCUUUGCGGUGUCGAUUAUGAGAACGCUGCGAGUCGGAUUCAUUAACAAGUUCUUUGGGCAUGAAUGAAGCAACUUCUGCUCGAUUGUAGUGCAUAGUGGCAUGCAAUGAAGACAUCGGAGCCAGACUUGAAUUGGCCUCUUGUCCGAAACCUGAAGCACCUCGACAGUGGUUCACAGUGGAUGUACCCGACUUCGCCAUGCGGCGCUCAGAAUCUCGAACGAUUCUACUGCUCUCCGCGAUGUGAACUCGGUUUUGAUCCCUAUGCUUGAAACAUGCUUGA